AUGGAUUCAACGGCACAGGUUGCAGAGGAAGACAGAAGCAGUAUUCAAAGCAGGACAAAAUGGGGCAGUAAACUUCAGUUUCUUCUUUCAGUUCUUGGAAUGAGUGUAGGAUUUGGGAAUAUCUGGAGAUUUCCUUACGUGUGUAUGAAAAAUGGCGGAGGAGCCUUCCUUAUACCAUACGUCCUUGCUGUACUCUUCAUGGGAAUUCCAUUGUAUUUCCUGGAGUUAUCUCUCGGACAGUUCACCGGAAAGUCAUUCAAAGAUGUUUGGAGCUAUUGUCCUGUAGUUCAAGGAAUCGGCAUUGGUUUCCAAAUGACAUUGGUAUUUUUUACAUGCUUUUACGUCAUGUUGUUUGCCUGGACACUCUACUAUCUGUACUAUAGUUUCUACAACCCGUUGCCAUGGAGUACCUGUGACAACGAAUGGAACACUCCAUACUGUUUCAGCGCUACGGAAAUGGAGUUGACAAACUUUAUCAACUUACAUAAAAACGGGACUGAGGACAAUUCUCAUCACCAAUUUAUUAACGCCUGUCAUAAUACAAGUAACAUCAGAACAACAUAUCCUGAAACGUCGAAGAUAACCGCUGUCAACCAUCUGUGUAAUUUGUCGUCAUUUAUCAAUGAAAACACACUUAGCACGCUUAAUGCCUCUCAAGUUCAUAUUUGGCACGGUCACAGUGCGGCAGAGGAAUUUUGGCAGUACAAAAUACUUGACAUAUCAUCAGGACUUGAUAACAUAGGCUCUAUAAACGGAAACGUAGUAGUAUGCAUGGCUGUGUCCUGGGCUCUGGUAUGUCUCUGUGUCAGUAAAGGUAUCCGGACAUCUGGAAAGGUGGUGUAUGUAACAGCCACACUUCCGUAUCUUCUUCUAAGCAUCCUACUCGUUCACACUCUCACGUUACCGGGCUCGGUUGAUGGAGUGAUGUUUUUCGUAAGACCUGAUUUUAGCUCUCUUACAAACAUCCAAGUCUGGUUAGACGCCGGAAUCCAAGUUUUCUUUUCCUUCGCGCUUGGAGGAGGAGUGAUAAUUACACUUUCCAGUUUCAACACCUUUUACAAUGACUGUCUGAGGGACGCAUAUAUUCUCACAAUUGCCAGUGAGGCUACCAGUGUGUUUGGUGGAUUUAUUAUAUUUUCUGCAUUCGGUUUUAUGGCCCAUCAAGCAAAUGUGCCCAUUACAGAAGUUGCAAAAUCCGGUCCAGGCUUAGGUUUUGUGGCCUACCCCUUGGCUGUUUCACAGAUGCCUUUGUCCAACGUCUGGGCAGUAUUGUUUUUUAUGACUAUGGUAACACUUGGAUUGGACAGCAUGUUUGGACUUGUUGAAGCUGAAUUUGACUAUUUUGAAGCUUGCUUCUCUUUCAUGAAAAAGAGACAAACAAUAUCAAGAAUAGUUCUCUCGUCGAUAUGCGUCUUAAUAUCGCUACCUUUCUGUACCCAGGGUGGCGUGUAUCUUUUCCAGCUGGCUGACUGGUAUGUCUAUGCCUUUGCUCCAAUGUUCUUUACAUUAAUAGAGUGCAUCACGGUAGCCUGGAUUUACGGUGCUGAGAGGUUCUCUGCGGACGUGGAAUUGAUGAUCGGAAGAAGAGUACCUGGAUAUAUCAAGUUUUGUUGGCGUUUUCUUUCUCCUCUUCUCUUAGUUGUAAUGAUGACAGCGGUGUUUGUAUCAUACGUGCCACCUACAUAUGGAAAGUAUGUAUACCCUGAAUGGGUCUCUGGAGCAGGCUGGAUAUACGCCACCCUACCUGUGUUACCGUUUAUAGCCGUUGGUUUGAAAGUCGUGUACGAAUCUCCUGGAAAAACAGCUUUUCAAAAACUACGUCGGUCAACGAAUCCAACACCAGACUGGAAACCAGCAGAAAACGAAGUCGAUUAUAGGGUCAUCCUAAGUGAGGAACAAGGGAACUUCAGACAACGGCUUCUCGCGAACCUCGGUUGCUUUUCCAGGUUGCAACAGUGGCAGGCCUUCCAGGAUGGGCGUUACCUCAAGAUUCUAUCUACCAUGCUUAAAUUCCGCUACCCACCUUUCCACCUUAACAUAUUAAGAGACAUCCUUCCCUAG